UGAAGAGGGAGAUGGAUGGUAUGAAGGCGCUAUUUAAGACAAUGAUGAAGCAACAAAACCCACAAAUGAGCGACGACGAGAUCUCUAAUUUGAUGGCAAGUGCUAUGGGCUGUUCCAUUAGUUCUACUGCUGCUCCUGCUGAUCCACAUUCGUCUGCAUCAACUCAUAUUCCGCAUUGCGAACAGGGUGGAGAGGAAGCAGAUUGUGAUGAAGAUAUGGAAGAAGCUUGUGAUGAUCAUGAAGAUGUGGAAGGAGGUUAUGCUGAAGAUGUUGAAGAAGGUGGUUGUUCAGAAGAUGUGGAAGAAGAGCAAGGAGAAGAUCAAGAAGAAUAGUUGUUUUAUGUUAUCUAGCCCAGUUUUUAGAACUUUUUUUGGUUAUUUUGGGAUGACUCCAUUUUGAGAGAAACUUGUGGUGGUACAACUUAAAUAGUGUAGGGAUCAUGGAUCAACUUAAUAUGGUUGUUUUGAUUUUGAAUUUGGGAUGAAAAACUUAGUAUCCAACUAUUAUUAGUGGAUGAACUACUAUUAAUGUUAA